CGCAUAUUUGAUUAAUUUACACACUUCACAAAAAUAUUAAAAGUUGGUUGGAAGGAGUCUUCUCUCUUCCUCUCUCUAAAGACGGCUAGUGAAGUCUUCAUAUUCACGCUUUAAUCAUAAAGAUCUACCCCCAAAACUCUUUUCCGAAGUCAGAUCUCCGAGGACCCCCAAUCUUCGCAGUAAUCACUUUUUAAUUUGUGUGUGUGUGUGUGUGCUUUUUCAACUUCCCUCCUUCUCUCAGAAGAAGAAGAUGGAGAUGAAUCUGGAGAGAGAGUACAUCAGAAGGCACCAUCAGCAUGAGCUUGUUGAGAAUCAGUGUAGCUCUACUCUUGUUAAACACAUCAACGCUCCUGUUCAUAUCGUAUGGUCACUCGUGAGAAGAUUCGAUGAGCCACAGAAGUACAAGCCAUUCAUCAGUAGCUGUGUGGUUAAAGGAAACAUGGAGAUUGGUACUGUAAGAGAAGUUGAUGUGAGAUCAGGGUUGCCAGCUACUCGAAGCACUGAGAGGUUGGAGUUGCUUGAUGACAAUGAGCAUAUUCUCAGCAUCAGGAUUGUCGGUGGCGAUCACAGACUCAAGAACUAUUCUUCUAUCAUCUCUCUUCACCCUGAGACGAGUGAAGGAGGAGGCAGAAUAGGGACACUUGUGAUUGAAUCUUUUGCGGUGGAUGUACCUGAAGGGAACACAAAGGAUGAGACUUGUUACUUUGUUGAGGCUCUUAUCAAUUGCAAUCUUAAGUCUUUAGCUGAUAUCUCCGAGCGUUUUGCGGUUCAAGACAGAACUGGUUCCCCAUGAACAGAGGAGUCUAAGAGAACAAAGAAAGAUUGAAGAAAGAAAUUUAUGGAAUGUCGAGUCAAGAGAGAGAGAGAGGGUGGGUUGCUGCCGUGGAUGAAGCUUCCAAAGGGAAAAGGACUAGGCAAAUCAUCAUCAUAAUCAUCAUUUACCGUUACAUAAUAAGUUUCUUUCUUUAUUUAACUUUUGUGGUUAAUUUGAUGGAUGUUUUUGGUUUCUUCUCUAUAGAACCAACCAAAUAUGAUUUUUGAAGUUUUGGUUUGGUUUUUUUUUUUUUACAAUUUGCGAAAGAGACAUGUUAAAAAGAAAAAGGUGUGAUCAUGGGGUUCCACUCCUCUUCCCCUUUUGUGACACUUUUGAAGUUGCACCCACCCAUAAAAGCAACUUACAGUCUUUUUCUCUAUAAUAUUAAUUUUUCUGAACCAAUAGCCUUUGUGGAAUGUAAAAAAUCUCCACAAGGACCGACCAUUGAGGAAAUAGAUCUUUAUUGUACUCUCUCUAGUUUUAUAGAUUUUGUCUUCACAUGUGAUUGAGGAAACACACAUUACCUCCAUUAGCUGUAAAAGC